UCCCCCCUCCUGUCUCCUCUCAGUCAAUCUAGGCUGCAAGGGCUACACGGGUGUGAGUGAGUGGCUUGGCGUGUCCUCCUUUCCCUCCCAUCUCUCCACUAAUCCUUCCAUCGACUCGUCCUGUGGCCUGUUGGAUUGGAUACCAUGCUGAUUCAGUGGCUGUCCUGGUUGGCCCUGCUGUCUCUGGACUGGACUCCAGGCAGCUGGGCUUUUACCACCACCAGGGCCCAGGGCCUCAGAGGUCGCAUCCAGAGAGACCGCAGAAACAUCCGGCCCAACAUCAUCCUCAUCAUGACUGACGACCAGGAUGUUGAGUUGGGUUCUUUACAGGUGAUGAAUAAAACUAGGAGGAUAAUGGAGGAUGGUGGCAUGACUUUCACCAAUGCUUUUGUCACCACACCCAUGUGCUGCCCGUCACGAUCCUCCAUGUUGACGGGCAAGUACGUCCACAAUCACAACACCUACACCAACAAUGAGAACUGCUCCUCUCCAUCCUGGCAAAUUCAGCAUGAGCCACGCUCCUUUGCGGUGUACCUGAACAACACAGGCUACAGGACAGCAUUCUUCGGCAAGUACCUCAAUGAGUACAAUGGCAGCUACAUCCCACCUGGGUGGCGUGAAUGGGUUGGAUUGAUCAAAAAUUCCCGCUUCUACAAUUACACUGUCUGUCGGAAUGGUUACAAGGAGAAACAUGGUGCCGACUAUGCCAAGGAUUAUUUCACAGAUCUGAUCACCAACGACAGUAUCAACUUCUUCCGCAUGUCCAAGAAGAUGUACCCUCACCGUCCUGUGAUGAUGGUCAUCAGCCACGCUGCUCCUCAUGGCCCAGAAGACUCAGCUCCACAAUAUGCUGAGCUCUUCUCAAAUGCUUCUCAGCACAUCACCCCUAGCUACAACUAUGCUCCAAAUAUGGACAAGCACUGGAUCAUGCAGUACACAGGCCCCAUGAAACCAAUCCACAUGGAGUUCACAAACUUCCUGCAUCGUAAAAGGCUACAGACACUUUUGUCUGUGGAUGACUCGGUGCAGAAGGUUUUCGACAUGCUGGAAGAAACUGGAGAGCUGGACAACACUUACAUCAUCUAUACAGCAGAUCAUGGUUACCACAUUGGCCAGUUUGGUUUAGUCAAGGGGAAAUCGAUGCCUUAUGAUUUUGAUAUCCGUGUUCCAUUCUUCCUGAGAGGACCCAAUGUGGAGCCUGGAGCAGUGAACCCUCAUCUAGUGCUUAACAUUGACUUGGCUCCCACAAUCCUCCACAUUGCGGGGCUGGACACGCCCCCAGACAUGGAUGGAAAGUCAAUCCUUAAGCUGCUCGAACAGGACCGGACUGGCAAUAGAUUCAAACCUAACCGGAAACCAAAAGUCUGGAGAGACACAUUCCUGGUGGAACGAGGAAAGAUCCUGAGAAAGAAGGAUGACUCUAUGAGCACUCAACAUACUAACAGCCUUCCCAAAUACAAGAAGGUCAGAGAGACUUGCCAGCAGGCUGAAUUCCAGACUGCAUGUGAGCAGCCUGGACAGAAAUGGCACUGUGUGGAGGAGAUCACAGGGAAGUGGAGAAUACAGAAGUGUAAAGGUGGCUCGAAAGAAGGCUCCAGAAAGAGGCCUCGCAGCCUGAAGCCUCGAAGCAGCUUCGACAACCGAGAGAGGGUCUGUGACUGUGAGGACGCUUCGUACAAACCAUCCAGAACUGACCGCCGUGCCCAAAGACAGCUCUCUUCUUCAGCAGGCCAACGAAGUCACCCUCGUUUUGUCCACACACGGCCUGCCAGGUCUCUGUCCGUGGAGUUUGAGGGCCAGAUUUACGACAUUGACCUGCAAGCAGAUGACCAGUCAGCCAUCCGCCGGCGUGUCAUCUCAAAGCGUCACUACAGCCCAGAGGACCCCGAUUUUGACUGGGGCUCUGAUGAUGGCUCAGAGGAGAUGCUGGCAGAUGAUAAUAAUGCAGUGGGAUACCCGAACUCUGUGAAAGUCACUCACAAAUGUUACAUCUUGAUGAAUGACAGCGUCCACUGUGAGAGGGAAAUCUACCAGUCCUCCAGAGCCUGGAAGGAUCACAAGAGCUACGUGGACCAGGAGAUCGAAGCGCUUCAAGACAAAAUAAAGAACCUUCGAGAAGUCCGAGGCCAUCUGAAGAGGACGCGGCCAGAUGAGUGUGACUGUGGAAAGAGCUAUUAUAACAAAGGACACAGAAACAAGGCAGAGAGAUUGAAGAGCAGGAAUAAUCAACUUCAUCCAUUUAAGGAGGCAGCGCAAGAAAUUGAUGGGAAGACCCAGUUAUACAAUGAGAUCCGCAGGAGGAAGAAGGAAAGGAAAGAGAAAAAACGGCUGAGACAGGGAGAUGACUGCAGCCUGCCGGGCCUCACCUGCUUCACCCACAACAAUGACCACUGGCAGACCGCUCCCUUCUGGACAUUGGGUGGAUUUUGUGCAUGCACCAGCUCCAACAACAACACUUACUGGUGUCUGAGAACCAUCAAUGAGACCCACAACACGCUAUUCUGCGAGUUUUCCACUGGCUUCCUGGAAUACUUUGAUCUCAACAGUGACCCCUAUCAGCUGACCAAUACAGUGUACGCCGUGGAUCGGGACAUUUUGAAUGCACUGCAUGCUCAGCUCAUGGAGAUGAGGAGCUGUCAGGGAUACAAGCAGUGUAACCCUCGCCCUAAAGGCACGGACACAGGAGGUAAAGAUGGAGGAAGCUAUGAGCCACACAGUGGUAGAGCCAACAUUUCGGGCCGCCUACUGACCUCUGCACCUCUGAGCCCUCGGGCACCUGCUUACCAGGCCGCAGCAGCAUCCAAAGUGGUCAAAGAGGAGACCAAGCCUCUCCUUCCUUUGGCUGUUGUACCGAUCCGGAAGCUGGGAAUGGCUGCAUGCUCACACAGCCAGUUUGGGAGGGAAGAAAGGGUUAAGCUACCCAACUUGACGGAUGAGGAGGUGAACUGGCAGGAACUGGAGGAUUUGUAUAGCAUAAACGAAAGCCUGUAUGAAUGUAGGACUGACUACAGCCCCAGCCCGGACAACUGGGCCAACUUCCAGAAGGAUGUAGAUAAAAUGUUUGCACUGCUACACGUGUUGAACCAAUUAAACCAAACCCUAGAGCUUGACGACUCCGCCCUGCCAGAGCUGGGCUCCGGGGCGGGCAGCGGAGACGAGCUGGCCACAGCCAGCGCCGUCUGGCCGGGCCUGGCCCCCGCCCCCCCCCCUCCCCACCCCCGCCCCCAGCAGGACCCCUCCAGCAGCCCCCCACAGCCUGGACUCUCCGCCCCCCCCGGGCCCGCCAGGGCCGUGUUCCAGAGCAACAUGUGGGCGCAGCAGCUGGAGGAGAUGGAGGGCGAGCUGUUCAGCGGGAACGGCCCCACAGAGCUGGAGACGCAUCACGGCGGCCUGCUGCGUAGCCCCCACAGCAGCCUGCCAGCCCCCCCGGACCCCCCUCUGGACCAGGAGGGGGCCCCCGGACCCCACGCCGUCAGCCAGAGUCUGGUUCCCGAAGAAGAGGACAUUUUCCAGGCCCAAGGCUAUCUCCCUCUAAGGCCAACGGGACCGGCCGGCGCCGCCGGGACCCCCACCGCCACCUCCUCCCAGUCCCGCUCAUCCCAGAGGGCGGGGCUGGUGCUGGAAGCCCUGCCCCUCAGCUUGGACUACGAGGGCAGCGGCUCUUUGCGCCAGCCCACCUAUCAGACCCUCUGA